AUGGGUAAAAACACAGCAACUGUUAUUAAAAUUAUAAAUAUAGGUUUAGCAUUGCUAUUGAUAGGUUUGUCGAUAUAUCAUAUUAUCCUAUUGCAGCCAUUUAAUGACAUUACAACUUUAAAGUUUUUUAACUUUUUCACUCCAUUCUUUUUGAUUCUUUUGGGUGCAAUGUUGAUUGCUGGAGAAAUGAAGGCUGAGUUUGUCACUAAUUAUUUCAAGUUUUUAUAAAAUUUCCUUGGAAGAGGAGUCUUCAAUAUUUAUUUGGCUACAAUCGCUGUGUAUAUCUAUGAAUCUAACGAUGUGUUAGGCUUCAUAUUUGGAGCAAUCAUGUUUUGCUUUGGCAUAUUUUACAUCAUACUUCACUUCUGCAAACCAAAAGACUUGGGAUAUGAUAAUGAAUAUUCUAGCGCAAGUGUUUGA